UUAGUUUGAAAGUAACAAAGAAACAAAUUAAAAUGAAAGCUAUUUUCGCAAUUUUCGCCUUGUGCUUGGUGGCCGUCCACGCCGGCACCAUUGCCCAGCCCCCAGUCAACUAUGAAGGCAUGGUCGAUGAUGUCCUCAACGAAAUGGGUCAAAUUGCCAAGGAGGCUGCCGUAGCAUUGCAACAUGCCGUCGAAGAUAUCGUUUUGGAUCCUUUGCAACAAGUUGAUGAGGCUGUCGAAAGUAUUGAAGCCCUCCGUGCCGAAAGUGAUGAAUGUGUUGCCGCCGAAGAUGAACGUGUCGCCGCCACCGUUGAUGCCAUGCACCGUGAAAUGAAUGUCUGUGGUGUCGUUGCUGCCAAGACUUCGGCUGAAAUUAUGAGCGAUAUCAGUGCUGCCACCCAACAAUUGGUCUUCGGUGGCUACGAUGUCCUCACCACCUAUCGCAAGUGUCAAAACUACAAGAAUCAAAUUUUGAAGAAGACCUGCUAUGCCAAUUUGACCGUUAAGGCUACUUUGUAUCUGAAUAGCUCACGCAAAUCGAUCAGAACCAUUCGUGAAAGCACCAACGAACGUAUUCCAGCUGUUGUUCAUGAUGCCGAUGCCUGCACCCACACCGCUGCUGAGACGGCUGUCCUUGAAUUGGAUAACAUCCAUGCCACCAUUGGCGAUUGCAUUGCAAAGCAUUAAUUUUGUGAAAUGAAAUGAACAUUUUCUCUUGGAAAUGUUAAAUAAAUAUGCAUUUAUUGAAAAAA